AUGGAGGGUGCUCUUGUGAGUGUGGCGACGGGAGCUUUGAAGCCGGUGGUGGGGAAGCUGUUCGCUCUACUUGGUGAUGAGUACAAGCGGUUCAAGGGGGUGCGGGACCAGAUCAGGUUCCUCACCAGCGAGCUCGCCACCAUGCACGCAUUCCUUCUGAAGAUGUCAGAGGAGGAGGAGGGGGGUCAUGAUCCGCUCGACCAGGCGUGGAUGAAGGAGGUUCGGGAGCUGUCAUACGACAUGGAGGAGUCCAUCGAUGACUUCAUGUUGCAUGUCGGUGACAAAGAUGCUAAGCCAGAUGGCUUCAUCGACAAGAUCAAGCACUCGUUGGGGAAGUUGGGGAAAAUGAAGACUCACCGCCGGAUCGGAAAAGAGAUCGAAGAUCUGAAGAAGCAAAUCAUUGAGGUGGGCGAGAGGAAUGCAAGGUACAGGACAGGAGGUGUCAUCUCCAAGAUGAGCAAUUUGACUAUUGACCCUAGAGCACUUGCUAUCUUUGAGCAUGCCUCCAAACUGGUUGGAAUUGAAGAACCCAAGGCUGAGAUAAUAAAAUUGUUGACCGAAGAGCAGGGAUGUGGGUUAACGCCACAAAAUCUGAAGGUGGUUGCCAUCGUUGGAUUUGGAGGGAUAGGAAAAACAACCCUCGCGAAUCAAGUGUAUCAAGAGCUCAAGGUGCAAUUCCAGUGCAGUGCUUUCAUAUCCGUGUCUCGAACUCCAGAUAUGAUGAGUAUUCUGAGAACUAUUCUUAGUGAAGUCAGCAAGCAACGCUAUGUUGAUACUGAAGCAGGGAGCAUCCAACAUCUGAUCAGCAAGGUCCAUGAUUUCCUAAUAGGCAAAAGAUACUUUAUUGUAGUUGAUGAUAUAUGGAGCGUGGGAGCAUGGGAAAUCAUUCAGUAUGCAUUCCCUAUGAUGAGUGGAGGCAGCAGAAUAAUCACCACAUCACGUGUUAAAGACGUUGCUCAGUAUUGUAGCGCAUCAUUCACUGGAUGUGUAUAUAAUAUAAGACCUCUUGACAUGGUGCACUCAAGACAAUUGUUCCAUAGAAGACUAUUCAAAUAUGAAGAAGAUUUCCCUUCACACCUCAAAGAUGUUUCAGAUGAAAUAUUGAGAAAAGGAAAUACAAAAUAUGAAUGGGAGCAAGUGAAAGUUUCAAUAGGUUGUGCACUUGAAAGAAAUCCUACUGUUGAAGGAAUGAUGAAGAUAAUAUCCCUUAGUUACUUUGAUCUUCCUGCUCACCUCAAAACUUGUUUGCUGUAUUUGAGCAUAUUUCCAGAAGAUGCUAUUAUUCAAAAAAAGGGCCUGAUAUGGAGAUGGAUCGCUGAAAGAUUCAUUUAUAAUGAAGGCAGAUAUACAUUGUACGAGUUGGGAGAGAAGUGUUUCAAUGAGCUUGUCAACCGAAGUCUAAUUCAACUUGUGGAGACGAACUAUGGUGUGGUCAAGAGUUGUCGAGUUCAUGACACCAUCCUUGAUUUCAUUAUAUCAAAGUCAAUUGAAGAGAACUUUGUUACUUUAGUUAGUGACUCCAAUAUAACUGAAACACAAAGCAAAGUUCGUCGGCUUUCUCUCCAAGGACACAAGGAAAAGAAUUUAUGUGAGCCAGAGAAUCUAGUACUGUGUCAUAUCCGAUCACUUCAUGUGUUCGGGCAUUUAGGGGAAUUCCCUUCUUUGGAUCGAUUCAUGCAUUUGCGUGUUUUGGACUUUGAAAGUGGUUACAUGCUUGAAAACAAUCAUCUUGAAGGUAUAGGCAGGCUAUUACAAUUGAGAUACCUAAACCUCAAAGGGACAGAAGUAAGUGAGCUCCCACAACAAAUUGGAAAUUUGUUGUGCUUAGAGAUGCUGGACCUAAGAGGCACCAGUGUACAUGAAUUACCAGCCUCCAUUGUCAAUCUCAAAAAAAUGGUGAAUUUACUUGUUAAUAAUUAUGUUAAAUUUCCUGAUGGAAUUGCAAAGAUGCAAGCCCUGGAGAGUCAUAUAAAUGUCCAUGUCUCCCGUCAAUCAAUUAAUUUCCUCCAAGAACUUGGCCAGCUAAAGAAUUUGAAGACAUUGCUCCUUGAUUUUGAAGGAGUUUCCGCCACGGGACACGAAAAUGGAGCUACAGUGGACAUGAAAGCCAUAGUAUCUUCUCUACAGAACCUUGGUACUCUUUCUAUUGGUAAAAAUAGCAAUUUCUUGACGGAAGCAUAUUUGCUUCCGCCAGCUCUAAAAAAACUAGUAGUUUGGGGUUCAACUGUCACAAGGGUUCCGAAUUCAGUGGGAUCCCUCGUCAACCUCCGGUCAUUACUCCUUUGGAUGGAUCAUGUUGGGGAAGAGGACUUCUGCAUCCUUGGUGGAUUACCCUCUCUGCUCAAGCUAAAUCUAGUAAUUGGAAAUUGUGAAGAUAGCCGUAAAAUCAGACUUAUAGUCCGUGGUGCACAUGGCUUUUCAUGCUUAAGGAUAUUUUGGUACAGUAUAUGGGAUGACGAGAUGAAUCUUAUGUUUACAGCAGGAUCCAUGCCCAAGCUAGAAGAAUUUCAAACUAGAUUCGAUGCAGUUAAAACAGAGUCUUUCAUUGGUGGGGAUUUGGAUUUCGGGGUUGAAAACCUCACCUCCCUCACCUCAAUCAGAUGGAUUGCAAGUGGCCAUGGUGACGCGGUUAACGCCGCAAGGGCUGCUAUGGAGAGGAAACUAGGGGCACUACGCACUACGCGGGGUGUGAAUGUGACGGGGAUGCCUUAUGGUUGCGCAGAGCCGCAGAAGGUGUGCCGGAGGUGA